ACAUGCUCAUACACUAUAUAUUAGGUGUCAAAAGUUUCUCAUAUUUCUUUUCAAUAUACAUUGAACAAAACCUGCUACUUCUUUCUCUUUUCUCGUUUUCCUUUAUCUCUAUUGUUCUCAUAAGAGCAAGUGAAAGCCUUUAUUACAAAGAAAUAAAAACAAAGAAAAUAAGAAGUAAAGCAUGAAUAAUGCUGCAUGUGUUGAAGCAGAGGACUCUGAGUUUGUGGAAGUUGAUCCUACUGGAAGAUAUGGAAGAUACAACGAAAUUCUUGGCAAAGGAGCUUCCAAGAUAGUGUAUAGAGCAUUUGAUGAGUAUGAAGGAAUAGAAGUAGCAUGGAAUCAAGUAAAGCUUUAUGACUUUAGGCAGAAUCCUGAAGACCGUGAGAGAUUAUAUUGUGAAAUUCAUCUUCUCAAGACAUUAAAGCACAAGAACAUCAUGAAAUUCUACACCUCUUGGGUUGAUACUUCCAACAGACACAUUAACUUUGUCACUGAGAUGUUCACAUCCGGAACUCUUAGACAGUACAGACUUAAACAUAAAAGGGUUAACAUCAGAGCUGUUAAGUAUUGGUGCAGACAGAUUUUGGAAGGUCUUCUCUAUCUCCACAGCCAUGACCUUCAUGUGAUUCAUAGAGAUCUCAAGUGUGAUAACAUUUUCAUUAAUGGCAACCAAGGAGAAGUCAAAAUUGGUGAUCUUGGCCUUGCUGCAAUUCUCCGAAAAUCGAAUGCUGUUCACUGUGUUGGCACACCAGAGUUUAUGGCUCCAGAAAUGUAUGAAGAGGAUUACAAUGAAUUGGUUGACAUAUACGCUUUCGGAAUGUGCAUCUUGGAGAUGGUCACCUUUGAAUAUCCUUAUAGUGAAUGCAACCAUUCUGCUCAAAUUUACAAAAAAGUUGUAUCUGGGAAGAAGCCAGAAUCUCUUUACAAAGUAAAUGAUCCAGAGGUUAGGCUGUUUGUAGAGAAAUGCUUAGCAACUGUAUCUCUCAGACUUUCAGCUAAGGAACUCUUAGAAGACCCUUUUCUCCAAAUUGAAGAUUAUGGAUCUGACUUGAAAGAAGUGCAGUGUGAAAGAGAUUAUUGCUAUGAAGUAAUUCCAACAAUUAAACAACCUAUGAAUGGAAAUUAUAGCAUAAGCAAUAGCUUAAUGAGAGGUUACAGUGAUAAUCUUGGUGGUUAUGGUUAUGGUUCUGUAUCUGAAUUGGAUCAUCAUCAAGAUGUUUUUGAAACGACAGAAAUAGAUCUCUUUGAUUGUGAAGAGGAUGAUAAUUUGGAUGAAGUUUACACCUCAAUCAUAGGCAGGAGAAGAGAUGAUGGAAUCUUUCUGAGAAUCAGAAUACCAGAUAAUGAAGGUCGAGUUCGAAACAUCUACUUCCCGUUUGACGCGGAGACUGAUACUGCAUUGAGUGUGGCAAAUGAAAUGGUAGCUGAGCUUGACAUAACUGACCAAGAUGUAACAAAAUUAGCAAAUCUAAUAGAUAAUGAAAUUGCAACUUUGGUACCAGGAUGGAAAAAGGGACCGAGAAUCGAUGAAAUUUCACAAGAUUCAAGAGCAAGUUUCUGCCUCAACUGUGCUGCAAACAAUACCUUAGUUAAUUAUAUAUCAUCAAACAAUUCAUGUGCCAAGAAUCUGCAAUUUUUUCAUUGUUCUAAAAAUGGAUGUGCCGCAGUUCACGGCCGAUUCGAGGAGAUCACAUAUCAAUAUGAAGAGCUUGCAAAGAGUGCAACAACAGAAGGUGCACCAAGCCAAUCGAACGGCAUUCACUAUGCCGAUAUUUGGGGUCAGCGAGAAGAACGAGAGUCAAAUCAUGAAGUGUUGAAAGAUAUACAUUGUGAUACAGCUCACGAGGCAUCAAAACUAUCGACCAUAAAGGAAGAGCAGGAGACAAGUGUUAAUGUGAAUGACCAAAGUGAUCUUAAUACUAAAAAUUCUCCUUCUAGUCCUGCAGAAUCAGAAAGUUUAUUCUUGGACUGUGAAAAUGAAUUAAGGCAAGAAUUGAGAUGGCUCAAAGCAAGGUACCAAAUGCAUUUAAGAGAGCUUAGAGAUCAACAACUAGGUGGUAGUAGACCAAAAUCUAUUUGCACAUCUCCUGAAACUGAAAAACUAGAUCAUGGUAAAACUGGUGUUGUGAGGCCACCAGAUAAAGUACCUCACAUGAAGAUACAGCACAAUAACUCAUUAUUGAGGUCUAUGGCCUAUAAGAAGAAGUUUCCAGUUGAUGCUGAGAAAUGCACUAUUUUAGAUAACCAUAUGAUCCCAAAUAAUUUUUAUGAGACGAGUCAGCCUAACAAUUCUGAACAAAUGGUCACAGCCAAGGACUUCGUUGGAGAAGCUAUGCUUCCAAACUUGCUUCAAAGGGCAAGCUCGCUUCCAGUCGAUGCAGUUGAUAUCUAGAUAGAAUCUAUAAAUACAUUUUCUCAUCACAAGAGGGCACCAAUAUAAACUGUACUUAAAAGGGUCGCCUAAUUUAUAGCUUAAAUUCAUGGAAAAGAAAACCAGUGCCAAAUGUGAUAGAAGUUUGUGGUGUUGACACCCUUUUUCUUGUAAGGUCACUAGACAAUUGACAUGGUAUGAGAAAAUGUUAGAUGUAAAUCAUAUGCAGACUAACACAAUCACAUAAAUGUUACCAAAGUUUUCCCUUGAGUUGCUGAAUUGCAGAUCCAUCUACUAUAAGUAUAUACUUGGGUAAUAUAUAUAUAUAAAAGAAAUGUCUUCAAGUAGAAUUGGUUAAUGAUAUCAUGAUUUAUUUGAUAUAUGUAAAACAUGGCAGACUUCUUUGUAAUAUAGAAGUUUCUAUCUAUCUAUUUAUUUAUUUAU